AUGCAAUUUACAAUUCAAAAUGUAACAAAGGAAUGUGUCUAUUGCUACGAAACAGCAGAGUGUACAAGUGUGAACAUAUGCACGUGUGGGCUUACAGUCUGUUUACAGCAUACAGAUAUGCAUAGGAGUAAGUUUGGGUGCAAGGUAGUCUGCAAUAUGAAAGAGAACGUAAAUAAGCAAAUUGAGGUGAGUGUCCGGGAAUCAAGAUUCCUAGAAGAGCAUCUGGAAAACAUAAAGGCCAUUGGAACAGGUAAAAUAGAAGAGGGUGUGUCGAUGAUUUUGUCAAACAUGUUCAAUUCUCCAAAGGAUUCUGUUUUCUGCCCACAUAUAGAACAAAAGCCAAUUGAAUUUGAAAAACCAGCAAAAUGUAGCAUGUGUGAGAUAACAAAGAAUCUGUGGAAAUGUAUAGGUUGUAGCUUCGUAGGAUGCAGUAGGAAACAGUAUGGAGCAGUUGGAAACAGUCAUAUGCUGGAACAUGCAAAAUCAGAACAUGAUAGUAAUAUGCAUAAACAGGCAAUAUUUGUUUCAACCACAAACAAAAUAUACUGUUAUGAAUGCAAUGAAUUUAUUAACAAUGGUCCGCCUACAAAAUGUGUAGCCAAUGAAACAGCCACUGAGGCAAUGAAUCUACUGUUUGACCUAAAUACGGAGGAGAAGAUGCUUGUUGAAAAAUGCAAUCGAAAGAUAAAAAUCCAUAACAGACACAUAACAAGGGACACUGAUUUCAGCUUCCUUGAAAAAUACCACGAGAAUAUCAGGGAAGAGGAUAUUUUAGAAGAAGCUAAUCAAAUUGGAAUCGUCAACGAAGGAAACACGUGUUUUGUUUCUGGUGGCCUCCAUUUAUUGAGUCAACUUCUAUGCAAGGACAUGUCUAUGCAUUUUAUGGUAUGUGAAAAUAACCCAUUGAAAUGCAUAACCUGCCAAAUUAUCAAAAUUACCAAUAAGUUGAAUAAUUUUGAUGAAAGCAUGCUAGUUGGAGAUGGAAUGGUUGAUAUUGCACCAUUCUUGGAUCUAUUCUACAUCAACUACACAUAUGCAUUCCAACUUGGUACACAAGCUGACUGUUGUGAAUUCAUUCAGGUCAUUCUGGAGAAACUCAAAUCAGAUGAAGAAUGUGGUUUGAUUGAAAGUGUCACCAAAAAAGCAGAAUAUUCAGUGGUGUAUGAAAUAGAAUGCAAUGCAUGCAACAAGACGAGUACACGAAAAGAAGGUGGAACCGUUUUGUUGCUGAAUUUUGCAAAAAGUGUUGGUGAAGCAUUGGAGAAUAUGCAGGAAAUGGAUGAAACAUGCACACAUUGCAAUCAUCAGGCAAAGGGUACUCUGGUUGAAAUGCAUGUUCCAGAAGAGUUGAUUAUUUGCCUACAAAGAACAAAAAUAUCAAAUGGAGUUGGUAUCAAAAUAUUGGAUGCAGUUGAUGUUGAAAGAGAGAUCUAUAUCCAGGGAUGCAAAUACACCUUAAAAGGAUCAAUAAUUCACAAAGGACCGACGUUGAAUUCAGGCCACUACAUUUAUUAUGAUUCAAAAGAAGAUGUGGUAAUCAAUGACGAAAUAGUUAGAAAAACAAAGAAUGACGAUUUAGAACAGGGAUACAUGUUCAUUUAUAAAAAAGAAGAAUAA